AUGGCCUCCAAUACGCCGCUGGAGGAUGUCAUGCGCGACAAGAUCGCUCACGCAUUCACACCUUCGAAACUCGAGAUCCGGAAUGACUCUCAUCUCCAUGCGCACCACGCUGCAAUGGAAGGGUCAGUGUCGAAGGAGACGCAUUUCCAGUUCGUUCCCCCCACAACCGAACUUUACACGACGGAAUGUCUAAUUUCUCGCAGUGUGACAAUUGUCUCUGAUUCUUUCGAGUCGAAGAUGCAACCCGCUCGGCACCGCAUGGUCUACGCAUUGUUCAAGGAAGAGAUGGCUCGUGAGGGCGGACUACAUGCACUGCAGUUGAAGACAAAGACACCGGCCGAGGAGCAGCGCGAGAAGGAGAGAAAGGAGAAGGAGAAGGCAUAG